AUGGACCGAGGUAAGCCAUAUGGUAGCGAAAAUCCAAAAGCUGGUGAUUGGAAAAGGCCUAGUGGUGGAGAUUCUAGUGCUCCUGUUAGUUGUUUUAAAUAUGGUGAAGUUGGACAUCGUAGGAAUGAGUGCAAGAGUGAAGAGAAGAAGUAUUUCAAUUCUGGUAAAAUGGGUCAUAUUGCUUUCGAUUGUAGAAUGAAGAGUGUGACUUGCUACAACUGCAAUGAAGAAGGUCAUAACAAUCCACAGUGCACGAAACCGAAGAAGAAUCAAGCUGGUGGAAAAGUCUUUGCUUUGUCUGGGUCCGAGACUACUCCUGAGGAUCAGUUGAUUAAAGCUGCUGGUGCUAAGGACUUGGAAAUGACUGCUAGACAGGUGGGCGAGGCGAUUAAAGACGUGGCUGCUGUGUUUAUGCUAUUUGCAUCAAUGGAAUUGAAAGGAAAAGUUGUGAGUAGUGAAUUACCGGUUGUACGUGAAUAUCCAGAGGAGCUCAUUGUCAUUGUCAUUCAAGAGGAAGCAAACUAA